GUAAGGAUCUUUUCUUUGUUUUCCGACAAUGGCGGCUACUACAUUGUACAAGUCUUGUCUUCUUCAACCCAAGUCCGGUUCCACCACUCGCCGCUUAAACCCUUCUCUCGUUAAUCCUAUUCUGAAUCCGACGAGAGUUUCGGUUUUGGGGAAGAGUCGUAGAGAUGUCUUUGCGAAAGCUUCGAUUGAAAUGGCGGCAUCGAACUCCACACCUUCCGCUGUUGUCAAUUCCUCUAAGCAGAACGGUCCUAUCAUCGUCAUUGAUAAUUACGACAGCUUCACUUACAAUCUCUGCCAGUAUAUGGGAGAGCUAGGAUGCCAUUUUGAAGUUUACCGUAAUGAUGAACUUACAGUAGAGGAGUUGAAAAGUAAAAAUCCAAGAGGGGUGUUGAUAUCUCCUGGACCUGGUACCCCUCAAGACUCUGGGAUUUCGUUGCAAACUGUUUUGGAACUCGGACCAAGUGUUCCUUUAUUUGGAGUAUGUAUGGGUUUGCAGUGUAUAGGGGAAGCAUUUGGAGGAAAGAUUGUGCGGUCACCAUUUGGUGUUAUGCAUGGGAAAAGCUCAAUGGUUCACUAUGAUGAGAAAGGAGAAGAAGGCUUGUUCUCUGGAUUAUCCAACCCUUUCCUUGUAGGUAGAUAUCACAGUCUCGUGAUCGAAAAAGAUACAUUUCCCAGUGAGGAACUCGAGGUUACUGCAUGGACAGAAGAUGGUCUGGUUAUGGCUGCCCGUCACAGGAAGUACAAGCAUAUACAGGGAGUUCAAUUUCAUCCGGAGAGUAUUAUAACAACUGAAGGCAAGACAAUUGUCCGCAAUUUCAUCAAACUCGUAGAGAAAAAGGAAUCUGAGAAGCUGACAUAGACUAGCCUGAAUGAGAAUAAUGUUUGUGCCUUGUUGUAAUAAUGUUUGCUAACGCAAAAAUGUUCCUUGGUCUUUCUUCCAUUGUUUCUAUCAUAUAGAUUUGAUUUGUUCCUCCACUUUUACUUAAUUUGUGAAAUUUAAAACAGAAAGCUAUGUUGAUUCACGCA